AUGAUAAUUUCAAGCUUCAUCUUCGUACUUUUAUUCUAUGUUCUGGCUUUCGUAAAUACUUCGCAAGGACAAAAACCAACUAUUAGUGCAACAACAACAACAGUAUGCAAUUUCACUAUAUGUAAUUCUCAAAGAGCAUCAUGUUCAUCGAACCUUGAUUGCGACUGUUUUUCGUUAACAUCGAAUGGAAAUGCAGGAAUCUGUGGUUCAACUGUUUUCUCCUGUGCAAGUGUUGUACGAUGCAAUAUUGAUAAUGUGACAUGUCCCAUCGAUAACACAGUCUGUGUCAAUAGUACACGCUGUGGCCAGCCAGUCUGCUACCCACUAGUCUUCGCAAAUAAAUUGGUUUGUCCAAUGAUUGCAACAGUUACAACAAGCACGACAGUUAGAGGAACAAAUGCUGCAACAACAAAACCUUCAACUACGAGUAAGUGCUUGCGCUUUAAAUUGAAGAUCAGUUUCUAUUAAGGGGUCCCCUCCCUUACAAAAACCAAUUUUUUCGAAAAAAGUCGAAGUUGAGAUUUCAUCAUAGAGAGAUGCGCUGAAGUCUCCUCUUUCAGAAUAUAUAUGCCUUUUUUCCAAAAAUGCCAGGUUUUAAUAAUCUUACCAAAGAAGAUUGGGGACCUACUACCAUGUUUUUCGAGACAUUUUCGAGAUUUUCGGAAAUUUUUCAGUUUUUGAAAGACAUUGAUUUUUUAUUUUAAUACAUUGGAUUAAAAAAACAAAAUAUACCGCAAGAUACAGCGUGAAAAGCUCUACAAUUUACAUAAGACCGCUUAUUUUAUAGUUGUACCUUUUGUUUACAAAAUGGACAAAAUUCUGAAAAUAUGUCAUUUUAAUAUGUCUUUUUCGAAUUUGAAUUAAAAAAUCCACUUCUAAAUUUGUUUAUCAUUUUUCUCACAAUAUGGUUUUCGAUCAGAAAAAUUGAAAUAACUCCCUCCCAGCUCAGUCUAUAACCAAUAUUUUUUUUUGUUUUAAAGAUCUCGACGAGAGUAAACUUUUCCUUGACCAGUUUUUUGAAGUCAAUUCUUUGACUACCAAAAAGUGGAAUUUACUAUCGUCGGACCACCAUUUUUUAUGCUGAUUUACAGAUCCUGUCACCAAAAAUGCUCGUAAAAAAUGAAUAGAAUUGUAUUUCAAAAUUCCUUUCGAUGAAAAGUUGCGCACGGAGGCUAGCUUUAAUUUGACACCAGCUCGAGGUCUAUAGUAUGUGCCGCGACGAGUUAUUUCCAUUCGAAAAAUGUGUCAUGAAUCAACUGGAACUCCAACUCUAGUACUAUUUAUAAGGCCGAAGUUUUUACCCGAAGAGUUUCUCACCAAGAUCUGUCAUCCCUGAAAAUUCCAGCCCAAAUUGACUAUCCUAAGUGGAAAAUCAUUUCUGAGGAAGGGGGCCCCCUUAAGAGACAGUCUAUGAGGGGACCAAGGAACCGAGGCACUAGACAAAAAUUAAUUUUUCAAUCUUUUAUGUGCGUUUAAAAGGUUAAAGUCUCAAACCAAAAAAACCCAAAUUUUUAGAACAUUUGGAUGCUCUAUAGUAAAGUUAGCAAAGACAGACGUUUGGACACCCAACAUCCACUAUCAAAAAAGUAGUUAAAAAUUAUGCCAUAAAUGUUUACUUCAGUUAUACAUGAAUAAGUUAGAGAAUUUUUUCAUGC